GGGAAAGUGAAACUAAAGUGUAGUCGAGCGGUUGUGUGUUUGUGUCUCUGGAUUCAAGCAGUAAAAUGGCAGAAGCCAGAAUUUCAGUGGAUCAAAAUGAGUUCAUGUGUCCAGUGUGUCUGGAUCUCCUGAAGGAUCCUGUGACUACUUCCUGUGGACACAGUUACUGUAAGAUCUGUAUUACAGAUCACUGGGAUCAGGAGGAUCGGAAGAAAGUCUACAGCUGUCCUCAGUGCAGACAGACCUUCAGUCCAAGACCUGCUUUAGCUAGAAACACUAUUCUGGCUGAAAUGGUGGAGAAACUGAAGAAGACUAAACUUCCUGUUGACUGUGACGCUGGAGCUGGAGAUGUUAAGUGUGACGUCUGUACUGGAAGAAAAUACAAAGCCGUCAAGUCCUGUCUGAACUGUCAGGAAUCUUACUGUCAAACUCAUUUUGAUCAUCAUGAGGAGUUUCAUUCACGUAAACCACACAAAGUGACAGAAGCCACUGGACGACUGCAGGAGAUGAUCUGCCAGAAACAUGACAAGCUCCUUGAGGUUUUCUGUCUUACUGAUCAGAAAUGUAUAUGUGUGCUGUGUAUGGAUGAACAUAAAAACCACAACACUAUAUCAGCUGCAGCACAGAGGACAGAAAAACAGACGCAGUUAAAGGAGCUGCAGAAGCAGUUAGAGGAGAGCAUCCAGCAGAGAGAGAAAGAUCUCCAGCAGCUGAGAGAGACUGUGGAGUCUCAGAAGCGCUCUGCACAGACAGCAGUGGAGGACAGUGAGAGGAUCUUUACUGAGCUCAUCCGCUCCAUUAAGAGAAGCCGCUCUGAGCUGAUACGACUGAUCAGAGAUCAGGAAAAGACUGCAGUGAGUCAAGCUGAAGGACAACUGGAGCGACUGGAGCAGGAGAUCAAUGAUCUGAGGAGGAGAGACGCUGAGCUGGAGCAACUUUCACACACACAGGAUCACAUUCUGUUCCUGCAGAGUUUCCAGUCUCUCUCAUCACCUCCUGAAUCUAAAGAUGAUCCCAUUAUUCCCUUCAGUUCUCUCUUCUCUUUUGACGGUGUGAGAGAAUCUGUCCAUCAGCUGAGAGACAAACUGGAGGAUUUCUGCAAAAAGGGUCUCAAAAAGAUCUCAGACAGAGUCACAUUUACCACCUUUAUUCCCUGGACCAAGAACGACUUCCUACAGUAUUCACACCAGUUCACUCUGGAUCUGAACACAGUGAAUAAACGUCUCUGUCUGGCUGCAGGGAACAGAGAGAUUACGUAUACUGACAAAGUCCAGCCGUAUCCUGAUCAUCCAGACAGAUUUGAUGAAUAUAAUCCUCAAGUGUUGUGUAGAGAGAGUGUGUGUGGACGCUGUUACUGGGAGAUUGAGUGGAGUGGGAUUGUGUGUAUAUCAGUGUCAUAUAAGAGCAUCAGCAGGAAGGGACAGGGUAAAGAAUGUUGGUUUGGAUCUAAUGAUCAGUCCUGGAGUUUGAUCUGCUUUCCCUACAGUUACUCAUUCAGACACAAUAACAUAGUGACUGAUGUCUCUGUGAAGCCCAUCAGCAGAAGAAUAGGAGUGUUUGUGGAUCACAGUGCAGGAACUCUGUCCUUCUACAGCGUCUCCAGAAACACAAUGAUCCUCAUCCACACAGUCCAGACCACAUUCACUCAGCCACUCUAUCCUGGGUUUGGGGUGUAUCAUGGGUUUUCUGUUUAUACUGGAUUUACAGUUUAUUCUGGGAAUACUAGGGCUGAUUUUAAAUCAUCACUGAAACUGUGUGAAUGAAUCAGAAUAGAUUGUAGAGAGAUUCUACCCAUAAUGCUUUGAGUUGCAUGAUAAAUCAGUAACAGUGAGGUCUUAUAGAGUCUCUUCAUGACAUUAAUACUGCAGCUGAACAUCUGUCACUGAAAUAACAGUCAGAAUUAGUGUAAUAAAUCCUCACAUAGACAGUAAAAUCUGUGUGUGUGUGUGUGUGUGUUUGUGUCUUGCUGAGUGAUGAUGUUUAUCUGUGCUUUUCUCAAAUUAUUUGUUUUUAUUGUCAUUUCACAUCAAUCAUUUGUAUUACUAGAAAAACAUAUUUUCAUUUGAAAAGGAAUUUUCACAAACAUGAUUCAUAAAGGACAUGUCAUUUUAUAUUUUCUUUCAUUUGAUUUGUGCAGAAACAAUAAAACAGUGACAAACCA